AUGGGACCAGGAAAUGUUACACGACUUUUAGGAUUUUUUCUUCUGGGAUUUUCAGAGCAGCCAGGACUGCAACCUUUCAUGUUUGGACUUUUUCUCUCCAUGUACCUGACCACUGUGCUUGGGAACCUGCUCAUCAUCCUGGCCAUCAUCUCAGACUCACACUUGCACACACCCAUGUACUUCUUCCUCUCCAACCUCUCCUUUGUGGACAUCUGUUUCACUUCCACCACUGUGCCCAAGAUGCUGGUGAACAUAUACACACAGAACAAGGUCAUUACCUAUGCUGGAUGUAUCACGCAGUUGUAUUUUUUAUUACUGUCUUCUGGGUUGGAUAUCUUUCUGCUGACUGUGAUGGCCUAUGACCGAUAUGUGGCUAUCUGUUAUCCACUGCACUACACAGUUAUCAUGAACCCUAGGCUCUGUGGAAUAUUGGUUCUGACCUGUUGGAUUGUGGGUGUUCUGAGUUCCUUGUUGCAUACCUUUGUGGCAUUGCGUCUGUCCUUCUGUAAUAACUUGGAAAUUCCACACUUUUUCUGUGAACUUAAUCAGGUAGUUCACUCUGCCUGUUCUGACACCUUUCUUAAUGAUCUAGUCAUAUAUAUUACAGCGAUGGUGCUGGUUGUUGGUCCCCUUGCUGGUAUCCUUUACUCUUACUCUAAGAUAGUUGCUUCUAUAUGUGCAAUCUCUUCAGCUCAAGGGAAGUAUAAAGCAUUUUCCACCUGUGCGUCUCACCUCUCAGUGGUCUCCUUAUUUUACUGUACACUGCUUGGAGUGUACCUUAGUUCUGCUGUCACCCAAAACUCACACUCAACUGCAACAGCCUCACUGAUGUACACUGUGGUUACACCCAUGCUAAAUCCUUUCAUCUACAGUUUGAGGAAUAAAGACAUCAAGGGUGCUCUGAAAAGACUGCUGAGCAGGGUAAAGCAAAGAGGUCCAAUUGACCCACCUGGGUAG